GGAAGACUUACGUGACCUCUUCCCUGGACCAGAGCACUUUUUCAGAAGGAGAACAAUUUGGAGUGUUACUCAUGAUGAAAAUGAGGGUCAGGAAGCAGACUGGUGUCGACCAGGCACGUCCUCUGGCACCUGUGAUUUCAGCCCCAUUCCCACCCUAACCCGAACCCUAACCCCUAACCCAGCCGAAUUGUACAGCUUGUCAGCCCCCAGUAUGUUGUAUACACAGAUACAGAGUUGGAGCAAUCAAGGAGCACCUUUUUUGAAAAACAGCGUACUGGAGAAGAAGAAGACCAUAUUCUUUCGAAAGAUCUUCGCUGCCGAUUAAUCAGGAAUACAGUAACGAGCAUGAUUGCAAUUAAGAGAGCAGCAGUGGAUGACUUCAACUAUCCAUGCAGCCGGGAACUCACUGUAAUGGCAAAGCGUCUAGUGGAGUACUACCCAAUGCUGCGGGACAGAUCUGCGACCCUAGGAGCUGAGUGUGAAUCUGUGAAGAAGCAGCUUUUGAAAAGGGUCCAGAAUGUGACAACUCCCAAAAAGAAGCAGGGAGCGACUCCUUCAAGAAAACGGCCACGCAGACUUAGCUUUCAGAGAAGCCAGGAGAUGUCCACUGAUGACACUGAUGAGUCCACCUCAUCUUCUUUGAUCUUGGAGAGAUCCCCAGAAUUUAGCUGCAGCACCCCAGAGAAUGAACAGUUGGAUGCAUCAGAAACUACUGACAGCCGACAGAACCAGGCGAGACAUCAUAAAACUCUGAUGGACAUGUACAAAACCAAGGCCAAACCCAACAAGAAGGAUGUUUCCCAGCUACUGGACCUUGAAUUCCAAGCUAGAAGGCUGUUCAUUGACAGUGAUGUUAUCAAGGAGCAGGACAGGCAUACGAGGAUUCUGGAAGCAUACCCCUGCUUCAGAGAACUGGAUCAUCUAAUGGAUGAACUUCAGCGGGUCCUUGAUCGACGGAACUCCAACUUCAUGCAUGGACUGAAGACCCGCUGGGAAACCUUUUUCGAGAAGGCACAGUUUUAUGGGGUUUUCAAAAAGGUCAUGAGGCCUCCGCUGCUGGACAAAGUAAAGCACUCAAUUGCAAUGAUGAAGGCUUUGCCAGAAAUGUUCCCAACACCUGUGGCUCCACCGAAGAAGUUAGGACACGCAAGUGAGGCAGUGCUUCACAUACUUGAGUCUACAGAAGACCCGAACAGCUUUCUUCAGGCAAGACCACUCUUCAGCCCUGUCGUCAUUGUCUGCGAAACCAUCUGCAUACUGGCCAUUGGAACCAUGCCUGUGCUGAGCUUUCCAAAAGAGGACAUCUAUGCCAGCCUGAUGCCGAGUUUUUGCAGUGUAGCAGGCGAUGUGGGAAGAGCAGAGCGAGAGGAAAUUCAGACGGCGGCGGCGGCGCCUCCGUCAACAUCUCCACGCCACCAAAAACCCAGUCCGGACGUCACCGUGAGGGAGUUGAGGGUGACGUCCGUGACCGCCACCCCCGUGAGGGCGGGCCUCCAGACGGCGUCCGGCUUCUCCGGCGGCGCUUCUCCGCUCGUCCGCCCUGUCCUGCCCUGA